UCUCCUGCAGACAAAAAAUGUACACCCUUAUCACAUUUUGGACCAUUUCACCAGCCUUUUCUCAUUUCUUCCCAUUAUAUGGAACCUUCAGUGACCACAUCAAUCUCACCACACAUUCAACAAAAUGUUGCUGAAACAAACAAAACAAUUGACCGUCAAUCAGGAAGAUGUACAUGUCCCGUGUUAAAGCAUUUUGUUAGGCAUUUGAAUCAAUCCCAUAGUGUUUUCCCCCCUUUCCCUUUAAUGCUACACCCAACCGAACAGUCCGUUUUACUUGAAGCACGUGUUAAGCAGAAAGAAACCAGAAGCUCACUUGUGUAUUUUUUUUAAAAACUCUAUCCUUGUUGUGGUUCUGUAUGGCGUAUAACAGACUCUAGCUUUCCCGCCCAUGUGAGACACAACAAGGACACUGUGUGCGUCUGUGUAUGACACCGUGACAAACUGUUGGUAUUAACGACCUGGGAAAAGUACACGUUGCCUCACCAUACUGCAGGAGCCUAUACCCCCCCCCCCCUCAAAAAUACACAGACCGACACACACACACACGCGCGCGCGCACACGCACACACACACACACACACACACACGCACACACACACACACACGCACACACACCAAUGUACCACCAACUUCUUCCACCCAAGGCUUCUGUUUGGCUUGGUAGGUUUGAGUAAAUUACAGUCUUCGGAGCAUUUUUAGAUUUCGCUGUUUGUGAUUUUGACUCUUGGGAAAAUGCCAUGAUCUGCAUCUCCUCAUCUCCUGCAAGGGGCCUCAAUCCAUCAAACCCCUUCAGUUUUUGGAAUCUCUUUUAUGCAUCUAUCGUUUCUGGUGACCAUGUGAAUAUAAACCUUAUGAUAAAAGUAAAGUACUGUCAAAACUAUAUUAUGCUUAAUCCCACGAUUACUUUCUUACAGGUUACGUUUUGAGACAUCAGCCUAGCCUUCAGUUUUGAUGUUUUUUCUUUUAACAAUAGAAAGUUUAAAUGUAGCCGCUGAGCUGCUGCACCGUGCCGUAAACCCAUACUGGUACCCAUACAUCUCCGUCGUGCGCUAUGAGGAGUGGGUUGGGAGUGGGGGAGGCACCGGGGAGGCGCCGUGCGUCGUGCGCUGCAAGGCUUGGCCACGGAUCUGCGCGCGGCGCUCGGUUCCCGUCAGACUGAUCAGAUGCUCAGUGCGCGGCUCAACCCCGACGGCUGACUUAACGCAGAUGAGCCAGAAAAAGCGCUCCACUCGUCGGGUGUUCUUCGUUUCUAAGGCUGAGCUCCACGGGAAUACACAGCCUCAGGACUGUGUUGGCUUACGUCCCCCUGGGGGGUCGAGGGAGAAAAAAACAGUGAGCGGGAGGGAAAGGGAGAGCUAGUAAAAUAGAGAGAGAGAGAGCGAGAGAGAAGAGACGCUGGACUUGCUGUAGCUCUGCGGGGCUGGAAGCCUCUCUCUAAUUUGGGGAGCCUCGGGGGCGAUGCUGCUGGGCGGGGAUGGCGCACGGUUUGAAGAUGCGAGCCGCUGCUCCAACACACCAGCACCGCCGUCGUCCUAUUUUCCCAACAAGUGUUGAUGAUGGUGAUGAUGCUGCCUCCCCCAGUGGUCUUUUUCUGCUCCUCCGGAUCCUACUCGCCCGGGAUUCUUGGUCUUCAAACGCUGGAUUAUAGAUGAUUGUUGUGGACAUAUUUUUUUAAUUUAACUUCAUCAACUCAUCUAUUUUAUUCCCUGGGGAAGUAGGGAAUACAUAAAUUGUUAGAUUGAGGACCGGUGUGUUUUUUCGUCUCCAAGUGCGCGCAAUCACGCCCAAAAUCAGUGAGCGACGCCUUAGUGAGGAGGUGGGGGAGGAGGAGGAAGAGGAGGGGGGAUGCCGCACCGUCCAUCACCAAAUAUCAACAAAUGUCACCAGGCUCGGAUUUUGGGGAAGCCCCCCCUCGGUUGGCGUUUGCAUGUAACCUGAGUUGCGUAGUGGCAGUGAGAGGUGGCAGCAGCUUCAGCAGCAGGGAUUUCUGCCGUGCCACAGCAAACAUUGCGGAUAUAUGGCACAGGGAAAAAUGAAUUAUUAAAGAUUUUACUCUUAUCUAUUUCUAUUCUUAUCUCGCAGAAGAAAAGGGACCUGGAGAGGGUGGGGAAAAAAAAGACAACUGCGGAUCAAGAUGCACUAGGCUGUUGAGAGGGAAAAAAGACGCAGUCUCCAGCCAGGGUAGCCUACUUAUAGUGGAGAUGUUUGCAAUACAUCUGUAAACGCACAGCUAUGCAUUCUUUUUGCGUGUAUUUAAGGUGAUCGAUCGGUUUUCUUAUUCAGAUGCGAGAACAAGAGAGGUUUUUCCCACAAACAAACAAAAAACAGGAUGCCUUGCCUUUUUUCGACCGAUAGAAACGCUAAGGCUAUGAGAUAUUCACAUGUUUGAGAGUUUUCUCACCUUCCAAUAAACCCAAUCCUGUUUUUUUUUUAUCUUGUCAGCGAACUGACUUGCAAGAAAUUACAUAAACACAUCGCUUCAUUUCCCAUUCAAAUUCCAAACACACGAUCAGAGACACCGUGCGCUUUCCUUCUCCCCUCCCCUCCUCUCCCUCUCUUCCCCUCCCCUCUCUCUUCUCUUCAUUUUCACCUCCUCCUACUCCCCUCCCUCCCCCUCCACACACAAAUGGAGGUAUCUUCUUGGCGCUGAAGACCUAGGAAGGAGACACAGAUAGAUAGCAGGGGGAAGGAGAAAGAGACAGAGCGAGAGACUGAGCAACCAUCUCCAUUCUGCAUGUGUGUUUGGAGCCGAGGCUGAUGGAGUGGUGGCAUGUGGAGGUGUCACUCUGAAGUCCCCCCAAGGCUCCUUCCUAACCUCUGGCGUUUGGUGUCUGCAGAAUGGCGCGUUUUGGAGACGAGGUACCCAACAGGUAUGGAGGAGGAGGAGGAGGUGGUGGUGGCGGUGGUGGCGGGGGUGCCGGCGGACAAGGGGGGCCCGGCCGCGGUGGCAGUAGGCAAGGGGGGCCCCCCGGAGCGCAGCGGAUGUACAAGCAGUCGAUGGCCCAGAGAGCCCGGACCAUGGCCCUGUACAACCCCAUACCCGUCCGGCAGAGCUGCCUAACGGUCAACCGCUCCCUCUUCCUCUUCAGUGAAGACAACGUGGUGAGGAAGUACGCCAAAAAGAUCACAGAAUGGCCAUAUCCUUUCAUAAACGGCGAACGAGCAGACUGAGAGGUUUGUACCGAGAGGUGGUGGAGUGUUUGCAGGAGUGCUUG